UUUUUUUUUUUUUUUUUUUUUUUCUCACUGCUUUAUAAACCACCAUGAUAGUUUUUUUAUUCAGCUUGUCUUCUUUUUAUUUAAUUCAAUGGCAUUACCAACACCUGUACAAAAUACCCCUCAUACUCUGACUUUGGAACCUUACUUGGAAGAAGAAAGUUUGCACCACCGAUAUACCAAAGUCGACUUUCCGUCUCAAGUCAUACUAGCUCAUCAAGACAAUGAUGAUGCCGUGGUUGUAUAUCAAGCAUUUUCAAGCAGUAUUGCGGAUUUUGCUGUUCAACAUCAAAGUUUCAAAGGUGCACCUGGUUACAAGCUUGAACGUAUGACAUGGAUCAAACCAAGUUUCUUAUGGAUGCAGUAUCGUAGUGGAUGGAAUACCAAAGAUGAUCGACAAGAAAGGACACUGGCGAUACGAUUACGACGUUCUUUUUUUGAUAGCUUGGUCAACUCGGCCGUUUCAUCCAGUCAUCACUUGUCUGCCAACGCUCCAAAUGCAAGGGAUCAUUGGAGGAAAGCUCGCUCUCAGUGUUGCGUCACUGUACAAUGGGAUCCGGAUUAUACACCAAACGUGGAAGAACCUGAACGCAUCAAGGCACAGCGACGAGCUAUUCAAUUGGGAUUGAAGGGACCAGCAGCGGCAAUUCUGGCAAAUGGCGUUACGUCUAAGGAAGAAGAAGAUGGUGUUUUAUCGAUCGAGGAUAUCACUCCCUUUGUGAUUGAAAUGCGAACAAGACUGGAACGGGACAAGAACAAGAAAGGUGAUCUUCGGUUUGCUGAUCUCUGGGUACCAAAGGAACGACCAUAUCAAGUAGAGGAUACCUCCAUAUUAUAUAGUAUUUAGUUUAGAUAUUUUUAUAUAUUUUGAUUUUUUUAUGCAAUAAACACACUCUGGCACUGGAGCUUUUCGA